GACAAAGAAACUAUAAUUAUAUAUAUAAAUACUCAAAAGCACCCUCCUUUAAUUUUUGCUUCUCAUUCAUCUCCUAACCCUUCAAUUCAAUUCCCUCUCUUCUUUUCUUUUCUUUUCUUGUCACUCUCUUUUUCACAUCUCUAUGAUCACCUCAACCACACAGUCACAAACCUCUCUCUCUCUCUCUCUCUCUAACUUAUUGAUGUGAUAUUCUUCAUUCCCACUAUUCUCUCCCAAAAACACUUCAAAACUUUACAAAAGAGAAAGCUCCAAACAAGAAGAACAAUGGUUUAUACUUCCAUCCCAGCAUAUAUUGAUCCAGUCAAUUGGCAUGAGCAACAGGUAAAUAAAAAAAAAAGGGCUUCUUCAACUUGGUUUGAUUUCUUCUAUAAAAUUUCUUUGUUGUUCAAAAAGCAACCAAAUCAUCAACAAAACAACACCGGUGGCACAAGCUCUCAACUUCUUCAUCCUCCACCACCACCUCUUCCGCCAUCGACUCAGCAACAUGGAGCUAGUAUCAGACCUGGGUCGAUGGCGGACAGGGCAAGGAUGGCUAACAUACCCAUGCAAGAGCCAGCACAAAAGUGUCCAAGAUGUGAAUCUACCAACACAAAGUUUUGCUACUUCAACAACUACAGCCUCUCUCAGCCCCGGCACUUCUGCAAGACCUGCCGGAGGUACUGGACCCGAGGCGGCGCCUUGAGAAAUGUUCCGGUCGGCGGUGGCUGCCGGAGGAACAAGAGGACUAAAGGAACAACCACCAGCAACAACAGCUCCAAGUCACCACCACCGAGCUCUGAUCGCGGAGGUCCCACCGUCUCUGGUGGCAGCUUUGCCUCUGAAAUCGCAGGCCUAAGCCCUCCCGUGCCCUCGUCGCUGAGAUUCAUGGCUCCAUUAAUGCAUCAUCAGCAACUUGGAGAUCACUUUUCAGGAGUUGGUGGCGGUGAUUUAGGCCUAAACUACGCCGCAAUUUCUGGUCCAAUGGGAGGAAUAUGUGACUUAAAUUUUCACAUAGGAAGUGCUUUGAGCAGUGGUGGCACCGGCGGCGGCAAUGAAGGCAGUUCUUUUCUAUCAGCUGCAGGUUUGGAACAAUGGAGGGUUCCACAAACACAACAAUUUCCUUUCUUUACAGGUUUGGAAGCUUCAUCACAUGGCCUAUACCAAUUUGAAAAUAGUACUAGUGAGGGUUCUGGAUACGGCGGAGGCAGCGGUGGUAGUGGCGGUGCUAUUCGGCCGAAUAAGGUGUCGACUUUUGCCUCAGUAGUGAAGAUGGAAGAAAGUAAUAAUAAUUUGCCAAGGCAGUUUUUGGGGAUGAAUAGUAAUUCAUCAAGUAAUAGUGAGCAUUUUGUUCCUGCUUCUUGGACGCAUCUUUCUGGUUUUACUUCUUCCAAUACUACCAAUAAUCCUCCAUAGGAUUAUUUAUGGUUUAAUACUUUAAUUAAUUGAUUUCUGUUUCUUUCUUCUUUUUGUUUUCUUCAAAUUAAACUGACUUUUGCUACCCAGACAAAUUAAAGUCUCACUUAACUCAGAUGUGUAUGUUAUAUAAGCUCGAGAUGAAGAGCUUUAUUUGAGUAUGAGUAUGUGUGGAGGAGUGCUGUUUCCUUUGAGGUUAACUAAAAAACCCUAGGGAUGUUUUAAUUAGUUA